CUGCUCGGGUGGGGGGACUUCCGGGGAUGAGGGCGUCCGUCCGCCGGUGUGUUGCUGGGCGCAGGGGCCACUCGAGGCAGGCCCCGCCGCCAUUUUGGGAGGAGAGACGAGGAGGGUGACUCCAGGAAGAGCGAAGGAAGGAGGGGAGGAGGAGGCCGCCUCCUUGCUCUGAGUCUGAGCAGAAGAGACUGGGAAGCACCGCAGGCUCCAUCCCGAGGAAAGGCCUCGCUUCCGGGGGACUACGAUAUUUCGUCAGCCACAGCCAGAUUUUUCAAUAUCUUGGGAGAUGGCAAUAAACACGGAAUUCAUUUAGGUACCAGUAGGCAGCUUCUGUAAGGCCUGUUGGUAACUAUGGCAUCCCGUGAUGAGAAUACUAACUGUGAAGAUGAUGUAAGCUCUGACUACAGUUACCUGGACAGAAUGACAGAUCUGGUGGCUAUCUGGGAAGUAGCUUUAAGUGAUGGGGUUCACAAAAUUGAAUUUGAACACGGAACUACUUCAGGAAAACGUGUCAUAUAUGUGGAUGGAAAGGAAGUAAUGAGAAAAGAAUGGAUGUUCAAACUGGUGGGAAAAGAGACAUUUACUGUUGGAGCAUCCAAAACAAAAGCUACCAUCAACAUUGAUGCCGUCAGUGGCUUUGCAUAUGAAUAUACAUUGGAAAUUGAUGGGAAAAGCCUAAAAAAGUACAUGGAGAACAGGUCAAAGACAACAAACACUUGGUUAUUACACCUGGAUGGCACAGACUUUAGAGUUGUGUUAGAGAAAGACACAAUGGAUGUUUGGUGCAAUGGUAAAAAAAUGGAAACAGCGGGUGAAUUUGUCGAAGAUGGAACGGAAACACAUUUCAGUAUUGGAAAGCACAGCUGUUGCAUUAAAGCUAUCAGUAGCGGGAAGAGAAGGGAAGGAAUUCUUCAUAUGCUGAUUGUUGAUGACGGAGAAAUCCCAGAAGCUUUGGAAUAGCCUUCAAUCGUUCUGACCAUUUCAGAUGCAAAGAUCAGGGAUUUUCAAUUACUAUGGUAAUUGAUAACUUUUAAUAUGUACUUCUUGGUACGGUUUAGUUUGUGUUGUUCUUAUUUUCUAGUUACUGUAUAUGAACUUUAUUGGAAGACAAGAUGAGAAUGUAAAGCAAUGUACAGUCCCAUGCAUUCCUAGUUAUUUUUUAAAUUAUAUAUAAGAUAUGUCUAUAGUUAUAUAUUAAUAUUGCAACACUAAAAUGGGAUCUUUGAUUAAUGUAUAAAUUGUUUACAUGGAAAAUUUUAUUAAAAUAAAUUUCAGAAUAAAUCA